ACGUAGAGAGCUAAACUAAUUCGUCUUCCUUAACGCGGAAGACGAAUUAUUAUUUUAUAGUCAAACUGUAAAUACCCAAUGAAAGAAUUUCAAGAAAAAUUUCAUGUUCUUCCUUUGAUUCUGCGAUUGGGGAAAUUGGAAAAACUUUGAAGUUUACAUUUUUAGAUUUCUAGGUCACGAGUUGUUGAAGAAUCACAUAAGAGGAAGCUUGUGAGUUGAGCUUUCCGUUUAUUUAUUUUGGUCAAACUUUUUUCUUUCCUACUGAACCCAUGGCUGAUUGUUAAAUUUCGUUGUUCAAGUUUCCAGAAUUUAUAAAGGUGUCUAAUCUAUUCAACCGGGCCAAUCGAUAGAAGUUUUAUAAUUAGCCACAGACUUUACUUACUCCUUCUAGUUUGCCAUACGAUCUUAAAAUGGUGCCUCUUUCUGAUCUUUUCCCAUCCUUUGAUCACUGUGCUCGUCUCUUUUCAAAAUGCAUUCAACACAAACAUUUAAGGGUUGGCAUGUCCUUGCAUUCCCACCUUAUCAAAACUGCACUUUCAUUUGACCUCUUCCUUGCAAAUCGUCUUAUUGACAUGUAUUCCAAAUGUAAUUCUAUGGAAAAUGCACAGAAGGCAUUUGAUGAUUUGCCCAUUAGAAAUAUUCAUUCGUGGAAUACCAUUCUUGCGUCCUACUCUCGUGCUGGAUUUUUUAGUCAAGCUCGUAAAGUCUUUGAUGAAAUGCCUCAUCCAAAUAUUGUUAGCUACAAUACCUUGAUUUCUAGCUUUACUCACCAUGGGCUGUAUGUAGAAUCAAUGAAUAUCUUUCGACAAAUGCAACAAGAUUUCGAUCUUUUAGCCUUGGACGAGAUUACUCUUGUGAGUAUAGCAGGUACUUGUGCCUGUUUGGGUGCUUUGGAGUUCUUGCGUCAGGUUCAUGGAGCAGCUAUUGUCAUUGGAUUAGAGUUUAAUAUGAUUGUUUGUAAUGCUAUAGUUGAUGCUUAUGGUAAAUGUGGCGAUCCAGAUGCGUCAUAUUCUAUUUUCAGUAGAAUGAAGGAGAGAGAUGUUGUUACCUGGACCUCCAUGGUUGUAGCUUAUAAUCAGACAUCCAGGUUAGAUGAUGCUUUUCGAGUUUUCAGUUGUAUGCCAGUAAAAAAUGUUCAUACUUGGACUGCAUUGAUUAAUGCUUUAGUGAAGAACAAGUAUAGCAAUGAGGCCCUGGAUUUGUUUCAACAAAUGCUGGAGGAAAAAACUUCUCCAAAUGCUUUCACAUUUGUAGGCGUUUUAAGUGCCUGUGCUGAUCUUGCUUUGAUAGCAAAAGGCAAAGAGAUUCAUGGACUCAUAAUCAGAAGGAGCAGUGAACUUAAUUUUCCAAACGUAUAUGUAUGUAAUGCUUUAAUUGAUCUGUACAGCAAGAGUGGUGACGUGAAAUCAGCUAGGAUGUUGUUUAACUUGAUUCUUGAAAAGGAUGUAGUAUCGUGGAAUUCAUUAAUAACUGGGUUUGCACAAAACGGGCUUGGAAGGGAAGCACUUCUUGCCUUCCGAAAGAUGACAGAAGUAGGGAUAAGGCCUAAUAAAGUGACGUUUCUUGCUGUGCUGUCUGCCUGUUCCCAUACUGGUUUGUCAUCUGAAGGAUUAUGUAUUCUGGAGUUAAUGGAGAAGUUUUAUGAUAUUGAGCCUAGUUUAGAACAUUAUGCAGUCAUGAUCGAUAUGUUUGGAAGAGAAAACAGACUUGCUGAAGCAUUGGAUUUAAUAUCCAGAGCACCCAAUGGAUCAAAACACGUUGGGAUAUGGGGUGCAGUUCUGGGGGCUUGUCGUAUACAUGAAAAUUUAGACCUGGCUAUAAGAGCUGCAGAAACUUUGUUUGAGAUGGAGCCAGAUAAUGCUGGAAGAUAUGUAAUGUUAUCUAAUGUAUUUGCUGCAGCAAGUCGAUGGAUGGAUGCCCAUAAUGUGAGAAAACUUAUGGAGGAAAGAGGUUUCAAGAAGGAAGUAGCAUAUAGCUGCAUAGAAAUAAGAAAUAUAAGGCAUAAGUUUGUGGCAAGAGAUAAUUCCCAUAGUCAGAUGGGUGAGAUAUAUGAGUUAAUGUUUAUACUACUAGAGCAUAUGAACAUUAUUGGUUACAUGGCUCUUGAUGAUGGUAUUUACUUUUAUGAUGGAUACAGUACUUGAACUUUGGGCAUGAUCUAUUUGAAUCCCGUGUCUCACCAUUGCAAAUAUAUUGUAAAAGUUAGCAAUUUCAUUGAAUGAAUUUGAGAAUAUGAAGCGGAACGAUUAAGCUACAAGGCUGAGAAGGACGGAUUGCUAUC